CCGUUGGCGAUUUGGGACAGCUCGGUCGCCAUUCCUUUCAGCUUCAGCGACGACUCGCCAAUCAGCGAUGGCCCGCAAAGGCAGCAAAAAGGUCAAGACGGGCUGUCGGACAUGCAAGAUCCGCAAGGUCAAAUGCGACGAGCAGAGACCCGCCUGCGUCCGCUGCACCAGCACCGGCCGCUCCUGCGACGGCUACGAAGGCCCCCGCGACCGCAGUCCUGCGGCGGCUGACGGCGCUGUCGCCGUCAGCCACAGGCCGCAUGCCAAGCUGGCCCCCCGCACCGCCGUCUGGCUCGUCACUGGGCCGCGCCUGUCCGAGCCCGAGAGCCGCUCGUUCCAGCACUACCAGGAGGUCACCGCCCCCGAGUACUCGCGCGUGUGCGACGACUUCUUCUGGCGCGGCGCCGUUAUGGUGCUCGGCCAGACGCAGCCCGCCGUCCAGCAUGCCCUCAUCGCCGUCAGCUCCAUCCACGAGCAGUUCCACCUGGCCGCCGCCGGCCCUUCCAUCGCCUUUGCCACCCGCCAGUACAAUACCGCCAUCCGCCACAUGAUUUCCAAGUCGGCUGUCGACGACGAGCGCGAAACGGGCGCCAUCCUGGUCGUGAGCAUCCUCUUUGCCACGCUCGAGUUCCUGCUGGGUAACCAUGUUAUCGCCAUCGAGCAUUGCCGACACGCCGUCCUGAUCUUCAACGGCAUGCGGUUCGUCAGCCCUUGGAUGAGGAAGAAUCUCCUCCCUUUUAUCCGCCGCGCAACAACAUACCCCUUGUUCCUUGCCGGCCACGUCAACUAUGAGCCCUUGCCCGCCCUUGUGGAUGAUUUUGGAGGCGCCCUCAGCCGCACCACCUUCCAGACGCUGGACGAGGCUCGGGAAGUGCUCCACGGCCUGGCCAGUCAGGCCACCCGCCUCCUGCAUCUGGCCAACCCCUUCCGCAUCGGCAGCCGCCGAGCAGAGCCGAUCCCCGAGUCAUUGCGUGCUGAGCACCACGCCGCGCUGGCCGCUCUUGAUCGCUGGUCCGAAAUGUUUGCCAUCUUCAGGGCCCUGCCGCGCGGCGCCUCACCUCCGCGGCAGCAGAGGGAGGACUGGUGCGUCGACCCCCUCACCGAGCUCCAGAUGCGGGCUUUAACGGCACGCGCUUGGCUGGCCGCCCACUACGACCUUGACGCCGGCGAGCUGGCCUUUGAUGAUCACAUGGACGACUUCCGCCGCAUCAACGAUCUGGCACGGUCUAUGGUUCAGCGCAAGAACUGCAGCAGCGACGGCGACCAGCAGAGCCACCAGUCGGCCCGAUUCAGGUUUGACGUUGGCGUCAUGCCGCCACUCUAUUUUACCGUCCGCUGGUGUCGCGACCUGGCGGUGCGCCUCGACGCGCUCAGGUUGCUAUGCCAGCUCUGCCACGGCGACGAGUGCAUUUUUGACAUUUACACACUAGCUUCGGCCCUGCGCGCCGUCAUCGACCGCGAGCACGCCAUCGACCUCGCCUCGCUUCCCUGGCAGGGCGGCGACGGCGUGCACGAGUACCUCCCGGCCUACAGAGACGACAUCUCGGCCAUGAACCCGCAAGCCUGGGCGGCGCCCGCAGAAAGCGCGCUGGCCAAGCGGCGCGUUUGGGACGCCACCAUCAUGCCCGAAACAGCGCAGGUGCCAGAGCCGGUCUUUGACGGCAAGGCGACGGAGAAGUGUAGGGUGCGGUAUGUGGAGAUCGUAAACGAUCGUGUGUGUCACACGGACGAGAUUGUAACUGUCGUGACUAAUUUGACGGCCAACGUUGUGGCCUCGGGGAUACACGCGCAGCGCAUGGCAGCCUUGAGGAAGUCGGUCCAAAACGCCGACCCCCUGGUUCAUGGGCCAGCAAUAUGGCUAAGUUGGGGUGGCUGUUAACAUGUAAUCUUUGUUAGUUGGUGGCUUGAAGCGAAAUGCAUAGCGAGGUUGUAUUCCCACGGAGCUGUUCGCCUCCCAUCCAGCUUUGUGUGCAGCCAUCCUUCGGAUCCAGGAGCGUUACAACGCAACAACAC